AUGGAAGGGGCGAGUGCCCAGGUGAGCAGGACCCGCUGUGCCCCUGCCAGGGACUGUCCCCAGCGCCUCCGGGCUGAGCCCCCCGUGCCCGGUACCCCCGUGCCCGGAGCCCCCCGAGCCCGGAGCCCCCCGCCCGGAGCCCCCCGAGCCCAGAGCCCCCCGCCCGGAGCCCCCGAGCCCCCCGAGCCUGGAGCCCCCGAGCCCCCCGAGCCCGGAGCCCCCCGAGCCCGGUACCCCCGAGCCCGGAGCCCCCCGAGCCCGGAGCCCCCCGAGCGCGGAGCCCCCGAGCCCCCCGAGCCCGGUACCCCCGAGCCCGGAGCCCCCCGAGCCCGGUACCCCCGAGCCCCCCGCCCGGAGCCCCCGAGCCCCCCGUGCCCGCCGGGCCGGGCUGGGCUCUGCCUGCUGGCGCAGCCCCUGCUCCUGGAAUGGCCCGGAUCUCCGCAGCAGUCAGAAAGCAGCUGGAGCGGAGCAGGGCUGCCCCGCAGCCGAACCCGGCCCCUCGCAGCCCGGGCAGGGCCGGAGCGGGCUCGGCUGCGGGAUCAGAGAGCCCCCGGCAGCACCCGCAGGGCUGUGCCUGCAUCCCAGCUAAACAAGACAAAUCUGGCUGAUGAUCGUGUCUAA